CUCUGGCUGGUUUAUUUUAAAUUUCUUUUUCUAAAUUCUAAUUCUGUUCAAUUCAAUUCUUCAAUAUUAAACCUUCUUUUUCCAUUUAGUUAUAAUCACUAUGCGGAGUUCGUCCUCUCCUCUCUCUUUGUUUAACGUUUCAUUUCUUCACUUUGUUUAAGCUCUUUUUAUUGAAGAAUUAUAACAAUGGCUGAGCAUUCACAAGAAAAGAAAUGUGGUUGCGGGUUAUUGAAGGCGGUGUUCGGACGGCGCUGGACGCGGAGGACCAUCUCAACAGGCUCAGUUCCCAUCGUCAAUGGCAGCAGCAGCAACAAAUAUUUUGUCAAAAUUCCUAGCAUUCCCAACUCGAGGAGAAGAAGAAACAAUGCUGACGAAAACGUUUUCACAGAAAACCAACCUGAAAAAUUACCGGAAAAACCUCAAAAAACAGCAGUCAAGCCACCUCCGACGACGCAGAAUCAUCCGAAACCCUCCCACCAGCAGCCCCGGAAAGCUCCUGACCAAUUAGGGUAUGUGAACCAAGGAAGGAGGGUUCCGAAAGAAGCUGCGGGGAUUUCCGGCGAGCUAGAAAGCUUGAUUGCCGAACAACAGAGGGCAAGAGGGGGGGCAAAUCUCGUCAGGGUGUCUUCAAGCAACGUGAUGCUGGUGGGAAAUUUGGGCAACUUGAAGACAGGCAGCGGAGCAAACGCGACAUUAUACGAUCAGUUGGAUAGUUUUCUUCCAAAACCAGCGAGAGAGCAAGAAAUGAACACAACAUUGCCAUCUUCGUCGGCCGGAUAUGCCAGUAAUAACAAAUAUCCAAACAGCGUGAUGGGCAAUGUGGUGAAGAACAGACAGAAUAACAAUCAGCAGAACAAUUAUAAGGCGAAACCGGAUCAAAACUCUUCGUUAUGUAGGGCGCUAUCGACGAGAAUGGAUCCAGAGACGUUGAAGAUGAUGGGAAAUGAGGAUUACAAGAUGGGGAAUUUCGCGAAGGCCUUGGCUUUAUACGACGCUGCCAUUUCCAUUGAUCCUAAUAAGGCGUCGUAUCGAAGCAACAGGAGUGCAGCAUUGACAGCUCUUGGUAGACUUCUUGAGGCAGUUUUUGAAUGCAGAGAAGCCAUUCGGAUUGAACCUCAUUAUCAUCGGGCUCAUCAUCGUUUAGCUAACUUGUACCUCAAGUUAGGGGAAGUCGACAAAGCAUUAUAUCAUUACAAACAUGCAGGAACAGAAGCCGAACACGUUGAUAUGGCUAAAGCUAAAUCGGUUCAAUUUCAUUUGAACAAAUGCACAGAGGCCAAAAGGCUGCGAGAUUGGAACGCUCUAACAAAAGAGACAGGGUCUGCGAUAUCAGCCGGAGCAGAUUCAGCCCCGCAGAUGUUUGCAUUACAAGCCGAGGCUCAAUUGAAACUUCAGAGGCACCAAGAUGCUGAUGAAGCCAUGAAGAAUGCUUCAAAUUUUGAUGUCGAUGAUUGCACUAAAUUUUUUGGCCCCAUUGCAAAUGCGAAUUUAUUGGUGGUAAAAGCUCAAGUUGAUUUGGCUAUGGGCAGAUUUGAAGAUGCUUUGGCAGCGUUACAGAAAGCAGCGAAACUAGACAUGAACAACAAAGAAAUGAACAUGGUGAUGAGGAAGGCUAGGGCAGUGGCGGAGGCUCGAUCAAAGGGGAAUGAACUAUACAAGGGAGGAAAUUUCUAUGAUGCAUGUAUUGCAUAUGGUGAAGGAUUGGAUCACGAUCGAUAUAACUCAGUUUUGUUGUGUAAUAGAGCAGCUUGUCGAUCCAAACUCGGCCAAUUUGAGAAAGCAAUUGAAGAUUGCACUGCCGCCCUUAACCUUCGUCCCAACUAUAGUAAGGCCAGGCUAAGAAGAGCUGAUUGCAAAGCCAAGCUGGAGAAGUGGGAAGCUUCAAUACAAGAUUACGAGAUGUUGAAACAAGAAAAUCCCGAGGACGAGGAAGUGAAUAAGGCUUUGCUCGAGGCCCAAAGCCAGCUCAAGAAGCAGCGAGAUGGGAGCUCAUCCAAGUUAGAGAGUUGGGAUGCAGACAAAAUCAGGCCCCAACAGAACAGAAGCUGCUAGUUUGUAGUAGCUAAUGUUUUUAGUUGGGAAAAACAUUCAAUUGCAAGAUCAAAUCAAAUUUAUUAACAAUUUUUUAGAAUA